UUUCUUUCUCCUCCAGUCCUCCUCGCGGCUUCCGCAGUUCCGUUGCCCUUGGGGCUGACCGCGGCCAUACGCACGUCGCCCGCGCGCCUCCUCCUAGCGACGAACCCCCAUCCACACGACACUACUCGGGCGCGCAGUGCAGCCGCCGGCCGGGUUGACUUGACUCCGGCGGGGACACCUUCUUACGUGCUUCUGGCGGCACGGGUUGGCGUGGCGGUCGGGCUCGGCUCAGAUCCUCCAAAGAUUGGAUUCUGGAAGAGUGCGCUAUUGGUGGCGGAGCUUCUGGCGUUGACCCCGGCCGAGUUCUUGCAGGCGCGUGCGAGGAGGGGGUUGCACCGUUCCUGCUCCUGGCAGCUGCCGGCAUCGGGGCGGUCCGAUCGGUCGAUGUGUCGCCGGUAGAUUGGCCGGCGGCAGCGCAGCGAGGAGAUGGGGAACUGCAUGGACAAGGCGGUGCCGGUGGACCACAACACCUCCUAUCAAUCAAAAGUAGGGAGCAAAUCAAUUUCAUCAUCCAACCCCUCAACAGUUAAAAGUGGUUCGACUCGGUCAACUUGGACUGUGGCCUCAUACAAAGAUAGUCGAGAGCUUCCUACUCCUAGGACAGAAGGAGAAAUCUUGUCGUCGUCAAAUUUGAAGGCAUUCUCAUUUGGUGAUCUCAAAUCUGCAUCGAAGAACUUUAGAUCAGAUAGUCUUAUUGGGGAAGGAGGAUUUGGCUAUGUGUUCAAAGGCUGGAUUGAUGAGCAAACUCUUGCCCCUUCAAAGCCAGGAAGUGGUAUGGUUGUUGCCAUCAAGAAGCUAAAACCAGAAGGUUUUCAGGGCCACAAGGAGUGGCUGACAGAGGUUGACUACCUUGGCCAACUUCACCACCAGAAUCUUGUCAAACUCAUUGGUUAUUGCUCAGAUGGUGAUAACCGACUCCUGGUGUAUGAGUACAUGCCUAAAGGAAGUUUGGAAAAUCAUCUAUUCAGACGAGGUGCUGAUCCUUUACCCUGGGGAAUAAGACUCAAAGUUGCAAUUGGGGCCGCUAAGGGUUUAUCAUUUCUGCAUGAUGCUGAGAACCAAGUCAUAUAUCGUGACUUCAAGGCAUCAAACAUUCUCCUUGACACGGAGUUCAACGCAAAGCUUUCAGACUUUGGCUUGGCAAAAGCAGGUCCAACUGGGGAUAGGACCCAUGUUUCUACGCAGGUCAUGGGCACACGAGGUUAUGCAGCUCCAGAAUAUGUUGCAACAGGUCGCCUCUCAGUAAAGGCAGAUGUCUACAGCUUUGGCGUCGUGCUACUUGAGUUACUGACAGGACGGCGGGCGCUAGACAAAUCGAAACCGGUAUCCGAGCAGAACCUCGUUGAAUGGGCAAAACCCUACUUGGGAGACAAGCGCCGUCUGUACCGCAUCAUGGACUCGAAAUUGGGAGGGCAGUACCCGAAGAAAGGCGCCCAUGCUGUCGCUGGAAUCGCCCUGCAGUGCAUCCGCAACGACGGCAAGAAUAGGCCUGCAAUGUCCGAGGUCGUGGAGAAGCUGGAGCAGCUGCAGGACCCCAAGUACAACAUCGCGGCGCCUCAAGUCAACACACGGCAGAUGUCGUCGUCAUCCUCAGGCUCAGUCCCAAGGUCACCCAUGAAGGCGCAGCCUUCUCCAAGGCGCCUGUCAGGUUCGGCCUCCCCGAAGCCAGCAGCAGCAGCAGCAGGCUCCCCGCUCCCAGGGUCUUGUAGGACCGCGCAGGUUCACUAGACCUGCUGAGAGAAGUUCGAAAAUGGAGCGCAUAUGUGUGUUGUUGUAGGGCCUGUAGCUGUGUUACAUGUAGCUGUAUAUUUUUGCUGUAUUGCUCCCAAUCAAAGUGUUUUUUUGUUCGUGCGGGUGAAUGUAUCAUGGAAUCCGCUCUGUGAGUGAGACAGUGAACCCUUGUUUCGCCAUUAUGAGAUGAGAUGGAUUGCUGCUUCUUUGAGACAGCCAAUGCAUUAUAGGUUUUGAUUGAAGGGAUGUGCCUGUCGCUUUGUCGUUCA